AUGAACGUCGACACUGCCCGGUUCUCUCCCGACCUGACCUCGCGUUCCGCGGUGCCGUCGCGGAAGCGUAACAGUGAAAUGGACGAUGCUGCCAGUGACAGCACGGAACUCUACUCGGCCAGCGGAGAAGACUCCGAAGACGGCUUCGAAUCCGUACGAAGCCGCAAGGCGAAGCGGAGGAGCCUCAGGACACCUUCGCCUUCAAGUACAUCUACAGUGCAGAACAUGAGCCGUCCUCGAGCCCCCGCCAUACUCUUCAUGCCGGUGGUUUCCUCGGACAAUCUGCGGCAUCUGAAUAGGCAAGCUGUCUCCGCCUUCCUUGAAAGAUUAGUUCCCAAUGAAAUCACCGACAUAAGAAUUAACACUCGCAAGAACAUUCUCGCCGUAGAUGUCGUGCAUGCAACCGCGUUUGACAUCUUGCGUACAGUAACCGAUCUGAACGGGAUCAAAGUGCGCUCCCACAUUCCUGUCGACAAGGAUACAGCAACAGGCGUCAUCUAUGACGUAGAUGUAGCAAUACCGAAUGAAGACUUGCCUAUCCUAGUCAAGACAGCCACUCCUGAUAGUACCAUCAUCCAGGUAUCUCGGAUUGGCAAUUCACGGUGUGUGAAGAUAGUCUUCAAGGGCGACACCAUCCCAUCUAAUGUCAAGGUUGGCCAUUUUCGCCACCCCGUGAAGCCGUUCAUUCCGAAACCUCUGCAGUGCCACAAGUGCCUUCGGUUGGGUCACGUCAGAGGUGUUUGUAAUCACGCUGCAGUAUGUGCACGCUGCGCUGGGUUCCACACCACGGAAUCCUGCCAAGCAACUGAAUUUAAGUGCCGAAACUGCAAGGGAUCUCAUGAAGCCACAUCGAGAGCUUGCCCCCGAAUCAAGAAGGAGUGGAGUAUUCUUAAGGAGAUGGUAAGGGAAGGCUCUACGCACCGGGAAGCAGCCGUUUCUGUGAAAAAACGACGCUCCCGCCGCCACCGCAGACGUUCCCCAAAGAACGCGAAAAACCCCCCACAGCGCCAAUCUAGUCCAGCAGCGUCAUCAUCUCGAAUUGAGAAACAGCAGUCCAUUGCGCGAGACCAGACGCAACGUAUUGAUUGA